AUGGGAGGUUGUUGUUGCUGUGCGUCGAAGGGCACUGAACAUAGUAACUCACCAACCUUCUUUCAUUAUCCAGCAUCAGAAGAACGCGAGCCCUUAUCAGCUCACCAUGCCCCCGUCUCCACUCAGUCUGCCGGGCUCUUGGUGGACACAAAUUUAGAUACUACGGUCCCCGACACCUAUCAUCCUCCACCUGCACCCAUACCUUACGAAUCAUACGCUGCCCACCUGCCUACCCCGACAAGGAGCAGAGAAAGCACGUGCAACAAGACCGAUACGGUUUUGCCAGCGAACAACUCUCAGUCUGUUGGGGAUGUUAAUUCUGGCAGCAACUUGGAGGUCAAAGUGAAGGACAUUGAGUGUGAUGAGAAGGGCAGUGCAAAUAUUGAGCUGGGGGCAUUAGAGGAUGAACUAUCUGAUGAUCUUAAAAAGUCAAUUGAACCUAUGGUCCCAUCACUGCAGGAAGAGGAGGAUGUCUGUCCAACUUGUCUUGAAGAGUACGAUGAGGAGAACCCUAGAAUGAUCACGAAGUGCGAACACCACUUUCACCUGGCCUGUAUUCUUGAAUGGAUGGAAAGAAGUGACACCUGUCCUGUGUGCGAUCAGGAAAUGAUUUUCAGUCCGGCUAUAGGAGGAUAA